AUGCGGACUACCUUCUUCUUGACGGCAUGUUUUAUGCUCUUGUCUAUCAUACAAGCCCUACCCAGCCAUGAUAGAGCUCCCGUCCAGCGACGUGCGGUCGAGCGUCUAGUCUUUGCUCAUUUCAUGAUCGGAAUCACCAGCAACCGCAACAGCGCCGCCGACUAUGACGCCGACAUGAAGAACGCAAAAGCCGCCGGUAUUGACGCCUUCGCCCUCAACAUCGGCGUGGACCCAUACACCGACCAGCAACUGCAGCUGGCCUACCAGUCCGCCGCCAACAACGACAUGAAGGUCUUCAUCUCCUUCGACUUCAACUGGUGGCAGACCAGCCAGGCAGCCCAGGUCGGCCAGAAAAUCGCCCAGUACGCCAAGCUGCCGGCCCAGCUCAUGGUCGACAACAAAGUGUUUGUCUCGUCGUUCGCAGGCGACGGCCUAGACGUCGCCGCCAUGCGCUCGGCUGCCGGCGUCCCCGUCUUCUUCGCGCCAAACUUCCACCCGGAGAUGGGCACCGAUAUGGGGCCCGUGGACGGCCUGCUGAAUUGGAUGGCGUGGCCGAAUAAUGGCAACAACAAGGCGCCGACCGCAGGCCACAACGUCUCCGUCCAGACGGGCGAUGACGCCUAUGUCAAGGCCCUGGGAGGGAAGCCAUACGUUGCACCCGCCUCGCCGUGGUUCUUCACCCACUUCGGGCCAGAGGUCUCCUACAGCAAGAACUGGGCGUUCCCCUCCGACCUCCUCUGGUACAACCGCUGGAACGACAUCCUCAAGCUAGGCCCGCGCUUCGUCGAGAUCGUCACCUGGAACGACUACGGCGAGUCGCACUACAUCGGGCGGCUGGACUCGCCUCACACCGACGACGGCGCCUCCAAAUGGGUCAACGACAUGCCCCACGAAGGCUGGCUUGAAAUCUCCAAGCCCUUCAUCGCCGCCUACAAGGCCGGCGCCGCCGCCCCCACCGACUUCAUCAAGGACGACUCCCUCGUCUACUGGUACCGCCCGGCGCCGCGCGGCGCCAACUGCGACUCCACCGAUACCUGCAUGGUGCCGGCGAACAACGGCAGCGGGAACUACUUCAUCGGCCGGCCCGACGGCUGGGAGGCCAUGGAGGACGCGGUGUUUGUCGUGUCGCUGCUCAAGGCGCCGGCGAAGAUUCAGGUGACGUCCGGGGCGAACUCGCAGACGCUUGAGGCGCCAGCGGGCGCGGCGGCGUUUCAGGUGCCCAUGGGCGUUGGGAAGCAGAGCUUUUCGGUUGUGCGGGAUGGGCGGACCGUGCUGGAGGGGACGAGUCCGAAGGAUAUCGUUGAUGGGUGUGUGUGCGGGUUGUAUAAUUUCAAUGCGUUUGGUAUGCAUCCAACAACAGGGUCGGUUUCUUCGUGCUAA